AUGAAUCUUUCAAAUUAUUCUUACUUCUCUGGCAUGUGCAACAUGACCGCCGAGACGCAGCACUCGCCCGCCGAGGCGAGUCCUGUCGUCAUGUCUCCAAACGUGAGCCUGGACUCGCCGCUGCCUCCGCCGCCUCUGAUGCUGCAGGCCCGCUCAAAGGACAGCGUUUUGAUCAAGUCCGAGCCCCGCGGGAACAGCCCCAGCACGGAGGACGGGGCCGCUCUGGGGCAGACCGAAGAGCACCUGCCCACCGGGAGCCGCCGGAGGAAGAGGCCCGUCCAGAGGGGGAAGCCUCCCUACAGCUACAUCGCCCUCAUCGCCAUGGCCAUUGCCAACUCCCCCGAGAGAAAGCUCACCCUGGGGGGCAUUUAUAAGUUCAUCAUGGAGCGUUUUCCUUUCUACAGGGAGAACUCCAAGAAAUGGCAGAACUCCAUCCGCCACAACCUCACCCUCAACGACUGUUUUGUGAAGAUCCCCCGGGAGCCCGGCAGGCCAGGUAAAGGCAACUACUGGACUUUGGACCCCGCCGCUGAGGACAUGUUUGACAACGGGAGCUUUUUGAGGAGGAGGAAAAGGUUCAAGCGCACAGAUGUGAGCACCUACCCCGGCUACAUGCAGAGCUCCAGCGCCUUCACACCAACCCCAAUGGGCAGGCCCUCGUACCCAAACACCCUCUACGCUGGGAUAGGCUCCGGCUAUGGCUCUCAGCUGACUGCCACAUCCCCGCAUCCGGCCAUGCUGCAUCACUACCAGACCUCUGCCGGGGUCGGCCAAGGACAGCCGCGCAUGUUCAGCAUCGACAACAUCAUCAGCCAGCAGACGGUGGUACAGGGCGGCCCGGGGGGAGAACUCAACUCGCAAGCGCUGGGGCUGGGCGGUGGUGACCUGGGCACCAUGACCUCUAGCUGCUCCGUCACCGGCGCCGACCCGUCUGCCUGCUUCCAGACCCAGACUGUGAACCCCUCAGCGAACAUGCUGGGCAGAAACAGCGGGAACCUCUCAUCCAACCUGGCUGCCGGGUACCCGUACUCCUCCUCGGCCUCUCCUCCAAACCUGCCCACCAUGACCCAGUCCGGGUUCUCCCCGGGGAGCUCUCAAGUGUACUGCUCCGGCAACCGGCUGUCCCUGCCGGCCCUGCGCCCGGGCUCCUGCGCCGAGCACACGGAGCAGCUGCUGGGCCUCUCCAGCCCCAUGAACUCCUACAACAACACCUACAUGAGACAAGCCAACUUUGCGUCAGGAUUAGAGCGGUACAUGUGA